GCUCUAAGAUGGCGGACCGGCGGCGAAGGAGGAGGCGCGCGUCCCAGGACAGCGAGGACGACGACGAGUCCGGUUCGGGUUCGGACGGCGGGAGAUCAGGGUCUCCGUCGACCAAGAGCAGAGGAAGAGACCCCGACCCGCCGGAGGCUAUAGCGACCCGGGUCGAGGCGAAGAGCGACGUCGAGUCCGAAUGUGAGAGUGAAGAUGGAGUAGGAGAAGCUGUCCUCUCCGACUACGACAGUGCAGAUCCAGAGGAAAACGGCUCCCAUUCUGAGGGAGCGGAGGAGGAAGAGGAGGCAGAGCAUUACAGCGACGAAGAAGCUCCGGCAGCAGUAAGCGAGCCUAAACCCCCCGCCGCCGACGUCCCGCCUAAAGAGGAGGAGGAUGAAGAGGAGGAGGAGGAGGAGACUGCGGAGGGGGAGGGAGGAGGACACAGCAAAGAGGAGAGCAAGGCAGAGGAGAAAGGAAACCUAGCUGGGGAGAGACAGAGCGGUGACGGACAGGAGUCCACAGACGAUCCCGAAACGAAGGCCGGAGGAAAACCCGGUCAGAAGCUCGACGAUGACGAGGACAGAAAGAACCCGGCCUACAUCCCGAGGAAGGGUCUGUUCUUCGAGCACGAUGUCAGAGGACACGCUCAGGAGGAGGAGAGACCUAAAGGCCGAAACAGGAAGUUGUGGAAGGACGAGGGUCGCUGGGAGCACGACAAGUUCAGAGAGGAGGAGCAGGCGCCGAAGAGCCGCGAGGAGCUCAUCGCCAUCUAUGGCUACGACAUCCGAAACGGCGGCGGGCCUGGAGACCGAGCGUACAGGCAACGCAGGCCCAGACAAGGCUCGUCCCCCGGCAGAGACAAACGAUGGAGAGACGGAGGAGGAGAGCGACCGGUGCGAUCCUGGCAGAGUGGAGGAGGAGGAGGCGUGAGUCGAGGAGGAGCUCCACCACCUUCGUCCAUCCACCCCUCCUCUACAUCCCCCUCCUCUCUCCCUCUGUCCUCCGCUCUGCGUAGCAGCAAUGCCUCCAGGCCCCCGCCCUCCCGCAGCAGACCAUCCAACCAGAAUCAGAUGCACCUCCCGCCUCAGUCCCAGUACAGGAAUAAUGAAUCAAACGCACCCCAGAUGCAUCCCAGAGAGCGACAGGGUCCUAAAGCUCAGUCUGAUCCCACAGACAGAGACAGGGUUGUGGUCAGCAGGGGAGGGCGCGGUGGCGGGGGAAGGGGGGGUCCCUCCGUGGUCAUCGAGGACAUCGCAGUCAGCCAAGGAGGCGUCAGGGAGCAGGACCCGAGUGUCGUAACGACAGCGGCGGCGUCGCAGCCGGGUGGUUACAAGUCUGCAUCGCCGAGACGACAACAGCAGGAACAACGAGGGGGUGGCGACAGGCCCGCAUCAGGAUUAGCCGUUUCAUCCUCCAACUCUGACCUCUCCCUGCAGUCAUCGGCUCCGGCGACCAAUCGGGAGGCCUCUCCUCCCGCCGAGCGGCCGGUGGAGCGUAAAUCUUACUCGUUGGCUCGCAGGACUCGCUCUCGGCCCGCAGACCUGGGCAGCAAACAGCCGUCGAUGGAGGAGUCCGCGGCCGGAGGGAACAACUCCUCGGCCGGCGGCGCGGGAGGGAAAGGCUGGGCGGGAGCGGGCGACGGGCCGAGUCAGGCCGGAGGAGGAGGAGCGCUGACGGAGCUGGACCAGGACGUGGCUCGUAUCAGUCUGGCAGAACAGAGCUGGAGCCAGAGCCCGACGUCCUACAUCCGGUCUGAGAUGAGAGGCCUCCCCAACACCAUGCACAUCCCCGCAGGCCCGCCUCAGUUCUCCAGCAUGGAGGAGAUGGGUGUUGGCUCCAGUCGGGCCAAACGCUACUCCUCCCAGCGACAGAGAGCCGUACCUGAGCCGGCCCCGCCCAUGCACCUGGGCGUGAUGGAGGGACACUACUAUGAACCCAUGUCGUAUCAGGGACCAAUCUAUACCCACGGGGAUGGCCCCGCCCCCAUCCCGCCACAAGGCAUGCUGGUCCAGCCGGAGAUGCACAUCCCCCAUCCCGGUCUUCAUCCCCACCAAUCGGGUGGCCCGAUCGCUAACCCCGCCCUCUACGGAGGCCCGCCUGUUUCUCUGUCGCCAGGGCAACCACAGCAGCUGCUGCCACCGCCUUUCUACCCUCCGCCUGGAGUCAUGACGUUUCCCUACUCCGCCAUGUACCCGAGUCCACAGGGUCAGUCCCAGGUGACCUACGGAGGCGUGACGUACUACGACACGAUGCAGCAGCAGGCUCAGCCCAAGCCGUCGCCCCCCCGUCGCACAUCCCAGCCCGUCACCGUCAAGCCCCCCCCUCCGGAGGUGCACUUCGCCUCAGAGUGACCCCGCCCCUCACCCCUCCCCGCCACCCAGUCUCAGCCUCACUCUGAUCUGAAAACCACAGGAGCAGGAUGGGGGGGGUCAGUGAGGAGCUGCGGUCCCAACAGCAAGCGCCAACCUUAUCCACAGAGCGACGAGUGGACGGACGGGUGGACGGAGGUGAAGACCGGCCUGGAGGUGACCCACAGCGUCACCGCUGUGACCUUCCCCCUUUUUCCCCUCUUUGUUUUCGACCCUGUAGCAGCCAAGCGGGUCAGCCGCGCCGCGUCGGCGGCGGGUCGCGGUCCGACUGCUCUGUAACUCUGCGGUCGCAGGUUUGAUCCCACCGACGUGUCUUUGAGCAACAACGCUGAACCCUGAACACGUACACACCUGCCUGUCGGACUGAUCAGUUCAAACCCUUUAGAGCCACUUUAAAGCAUUUAACGCCACACUGAGUCGGCGGCCGGAGUCCACGGUGACGCGUCGACCUGAAACCAGUUGAGUCCUUUGUUUUGUUUUUCUGACUGAACCCUGAUGUCGGUCGGUAGAAAGACUUCCUCUGUGGACGCACUGAACACACUGCUCAGUUCAUCUGUUUACUACAUCAGCUGUUCUUUCUUUCUGAUGUAAAGAUUAAUGUGGCGUUUUCCACCAUCACAGGUAGGACUGAGGUUCUAGCAGGAUAAAGACAGAACUGACGUGCAGGUCGGGGGACGUUCGUGAGAAUCGGUUGUGUAUAUAGUUUGAAUGCAGCUCUCAGUGUUCAUCGCUGACUCGGUGCUUCCUGAAAACCUCCAGAUGUUCGCGCCACGUUACGUUUUCUCCUGAUUCGUCAGCUCCGCGUUCGUCGGACUUUUAAAUGAGAAACCUCGAUAGAGAAGUCUGCUGCUGCGUGUCCAGAGGCUGCGGCUGACCUCAGGUCAGUGCAUGAAGUGUGAGGGAAAUGUUGUUGUCCAAAACCCAAACAAAAGAUUAUUGAUUAGCUGAGAUGAUAACUGUCAUUGAUCAGGAUUCUCUGACUUCGUUUGAUCUAGUAGUUGAUAAAUGAACCAGCUGAUCAAGAGUAACGAUAACAAAUCAGAAACAAGACGGGGCUGACAUCAUCUGCGAGCAUGUACGAGUUCUCCACAUGACUGAGGACUGUCAGUUACCUGCCCGGCAGGUAAGCGUCACACUGACCCCGGUCAUAAACAGAGACAGCUCCUCAUCAAACACAGACCUCAGGUCAGUGUCAGAGUGUUCGGUCUGUUGUCGUGGAGAUGUGACGGUCAGAUUCACCUGAGUUGAGCAGAGACGGCUGCCGUCCGUCAGCCGCAGGUGCUCAGGUAGUCUGACCAAUCACGUCACAGUUCAGGGUCGUGCCAGCUGAUCGAGCGUCUGUCCUCUGCCUUCUGAUGUAAAAUAAUCUUUUGUGAACAGUCAUAAUUUUGGUGCAAUAACAAACGUUCACAUUCAUCAGAUUCAUGUUUUUUGUUGCUCAGCCCCCUUUUCACUGUUUAUGUGACAGAGUGCUGCCAUGGCAACAGGCCAUCCACUCACAUUCUGACAGUGUUGAAAGUGUUGAGUGUCAGCAGAGGCGAGAUGUUUCCCGCGACCUCCGACAUGUAAUGAUUGAAGAGAGUUAAAUUGACUGAACACCUGAAAGGGGCGGAGCUCCUCUUUCAAACGUUAACCUGCUCGUCUGAACGCACAGUUUAUUCUCUGACAGCAGCUUUUCCUCUUCUGCCUCCUGAUGGGCAGGAAGUCCGUCGUCCGGCCGGAGGCGUUUGUUGUUGCUGUAUAUAGAAACGGAGACGUGUACAUAAAGCUUGGACAGAUAAAAUAGAGCAGUAAGCAUAUUCUAAUACUUCUAGUGCUACAGAGCAGUCAGCUUCUGAUUGAAACGGCAUCGGCAGGGACCUCGAUCGUUAGCGGUGGACGUCAUUUACGGCUUUAGCUUCCAUCUGUUUUUAUUUCGUUUUUCUUCUUGAAAUGUCGCUGUUUCAUUUUAAUACUGUUUUUUUUUUAUUAGUAGAUGCAGGAGUGAAGCGAUAACUUCGACUUCGUUUGUUAACGCCCUUAAAGGCACGCCGAGGAAGCUACUCUGUCAAACUGAAGUGAUUAACCCUGCAGCAUUUAUUUGUCCUGCAAUAACAAUGUAUUUUCAGGGAAGAAGGUAACCAGAAAGGUUUUUCUCUUUGUUCAUCCUCCUCUUCAGAACUACAGGAUGAAGUUUAAAAUGAAUCCUCCAGAUUACGUUUUAGUCCCAUUUAGACCCAAAACAAACUGCAGAACUCGGACGCCGCUUCCUGCUGAACGUUUGACCUUUAGCACUGUGUGACUGCAGGUAUCGAGUCCGUGUGAAACUAAAAUAGACCAACCUGAGCGAUGUCUGAAAACACACCUCUGUGAGUCAAUGACAGGCUGAGUGUGUGUGUGGUGUGUUUAGAGACACUCAGCUGAAUAAUCUGAGGUUAAGAACAACUUCACCACCAGUAUUCUGCUUUAUCUCAGCGCCUCCUUCCAGAAUCGGCUUCAGGUGCUUUGAACGUGUACACGGAGGUGAGCCGGUAAAGUUCCUGAGCAGGAGUCAGUAUUUGUUUUUGUUUCCUCCACAAACCUUUUCUUUUGUACUUGAGAUAGAAGUUGAGGAUGGUCGUGUGUUUUCAGGGUGGAGGGGGGGUGAAGCGUGGUGAUGGUGUCCAUCCUUCAAGCCUUCCUUAGUAAAGGCUGUAACCCGUUAGCCUCAGCUCACCUCCAGCUCAGAAAUAUUAGUUAACUUCAGCUCGUUUCACUUUGUUCUUCAUGUGUUGAAAUGUCAAAUGUUUGAAGAUCACCUGAGUCUCAGGUGAAGGUGAGCUGGCUGACGUAACCUGAGCUGACCAGACUGUGUUCACUGUGACGAUGUUACGAUGAUGAGAACUGCAUCCACGGUUUUGUUUCUGUUUGUCUGUCAUCCACCAGAGGAUCAAUAAAGAUCAUUCAACCA